GGAUGCAGCAUGCCGAUGCGGAGUGCGUAACUUGGCACGGGUCCAUCCGCUCGGCCCGACCGACGAGCCCGCUCGCCGCCUCCGGUGCGCCGCCCCCGCCAGCCCGACAUGGCCUCCGCGAGCGCCGUCUGCAGGUCUCGAUGCCGAACGUAACAAGAUGAUGGAGAGAAUAUUGACUACUUUUCUGUUCUUCUUUCUUGUCUCCACAUGCUUCGCCUUGCCACAGAAAAGACAGCUCUUCUGGAAACUGAACCCGGGCGGCUCUGAGGACGCAACUGUGAUCCACAUAAGGGCGAUCGGCUCCACCGACACCAUCCACUACAUCGUGUCGCUGCUGGAAAAGCCGUCCUUUCUGAUCGCAGUGACCGAGCCGCUGGCCAACAUCUCUAUCAACUGGGAGCAGCUGAUGGCCAGCACCCUCGACAAGUGCAUCAGCUUCCUCCCCGAGCCCAGCUUCUCAUUUGGAUUCACUAUUACCAGGAUCCUGGAGCUUUAUGGUGAGCACGAGUCGUGGCCCGAGUACCACAAUGGCGUCUACAGUUGGUACAUGGACCAAUUCUACUGGUCCCCUCAGCCCGUGGAGAUCAACGAAAGGGGCUGUCCACUCCGGUUCGAGUUCCUUGGCGAAAAGUACAUGGACCGCCACUUUGAGGAAUACAAAGCCGCAGUUUCCCUCGUGCUCAAGAUUUACGAUGACGACGGCUUCGACAUGGAGGAAAUCCUGUGGCACACGAUCAACUCAAGUUUGCUGCAAAUUUCGCUGCAAAGCUUUCAACCCUACUUCCAAAACCACUCUCGAUUUGGAGUCGAGUUUUCAGUUGCGAGCAACGAUAAUAAUUUCUUCGAAAGUGUGCUCAGAAAGAAGCACAAGAAUUUCGAAAACCUGGUUCCAGAAUACUUCCAGAUGUACGAAAUGCUGGUGCCAAACGGCCUGCUGAAGAAUGGCGGCUUCAUGCAAUGGCACCGGAUGGCGUUCACUUCGUCAGUGAAAAGCACUCGCUCAGUGGUGCCGACCUUCCAACAGCCGCUGCGGCUGAUGGACAACGAGGACCUGGAAGACGUCCUGCUGCAAUCAUAUUUCGGCUCCGAUUUCGUCGGCGCCACCACUCACGCGUUCAACAUAACUUUCGGCUAUUUCGGGCACAGCUAUUACGACAAGUUUGAUCUGCUCUCCUGGUCGUUUGUAUUUGGCUACGGGGACUCGCCGAAAACCGACAUCAACUGGAUGCUGGCUUUGGUUCACAUUUUCGGAUUCAGCCUGAUUUCAAUAAUGAUGACUUGCUGCUGCUGCCUUUAGCUUCCACUUGCUUCAGCGACACACAUGCACCACAAUUGUAAAUAAUUAUAAAACUGCAUCAAAUCCGUUAAAUUACGCAUUUUGGAGGCAAUUAUGACAAUUUCGAAAACCCCCAAAACGACACAUUUCAGGCUCAAAAACUGCAUAUCGCGAGAGGGAGGUGAAAAUUCUCUCGUUUGCAUUUAAAACGAAAGAAAACUAAGUGCGCUUUUUACAUUUGAAUAUUUGUGUAAAAUACAGGGGACGAACGUGUAUUCUAAAAGCUCUUUUUCGCAAGUUAAAUUUGUUACAUCUGUGAAUAUAGUAAAUUUUGUACAGUCGAAACGUUAAAUUUAUAACAGUUGCAUAGCUUUCUCUAGUUUGCGCGUAACGGCUUGUUAACUAAAUCUACACAUAUCAACGCCAAACAGGAAAUGUUAUUUUGUAAGCUGCGAUUUUUAAGAGUUUCCAAUAUUGUUGUGCUAAUUGUAAGAAAAAUUGUAAGAUACAUAUCACUAGAAAUUUUAAAAUAUGGAUUUUCUGUCAUUUGUAGCUAGACUCCAAGCCAUUGUCUUUCAAACACACGGUUUGAUCUCUUGUUAAACACGCGAGGCCAUGUUAUAUAUUUAAAAUGGCAUUUUUAGCUUGGCAGCGACGAGGUUGAUUUAUUUCGUGACGCUAUAUGUAAUUCUUUUUAUACUGGGGAUACUUUCCUCAAAGUUAAGCACAUUUUGCUUAGCCUGUUCGAGAAAUUGAAUCCAUGCAUAUUUUUAAUCUCAAACAAGUGUUAAAAUUCGGAUUUCCACUUGCAAUGGAAAUUCUGCAUGCAUUCAUGCAAUUUUAAAAUAAUUUUGACAUUCAUUCAAUGAAAAGAAUUUAAUGUUCACUCAUUUUAGCCCUGUUGAAAAAGAUAAAAGACAGCUUAUUAAUAUUUUUGAAAAUUUUUAAUUAGUUAACGCACGGAGUCUAGUUGCAAACUACAUACACAAUGAAAAAACAGCGUAAAAAACAAAUAAAUGCUGGUAAUGAGCUAUGAACAACGUGUGUGAGCUCAUGAGGUGGAGAGAAGUUAACUCGAGAUAAUCAAAACGCUGAUGCCUGUACAAAAACCGAUUUACGAGAGCUCUAAUUGAGAACAUAUCAUACAAUUAUGGUUUACACUAAUUCUACUGUCAAGACUUUUCAGAAAACAGCAACACUAUCUUAACCAGAAGAUGCACAAAAUCAACAUUUAAUCACACUUAAAAAAGGAGUUAAAGGUAGAAAAGGUUAAUAACUCUCACAUAUCAGAUCAGAGGGAAACUGGUGCAAAAUUCUGCUUUUAGUGACGAUUUUGUAAUCGAUCUUGACCAGUCAUAUCGCAGGUCAUACGACUAAUUGAUCAAUUUAUGGACUGUAAAAACGUGAUUUUGAUGUGCAGUUUCUUUCCAUUAUAAUUCGUUUGAAGUAUCAUAAAAUUGUUGAAAGGCAUUUUACCAAAUUGAUGAAUAAAACACGCAUAUCAUCUUUAUUAAAAUAUUUAAGCAAAAUAAUUUUUUCGGAAAGUCAUUUAAUAUGCAAUUACGAAUACACGCCAACGUUUAAUAAAUGUGAGGUUUAAUUUGCUCCAACUCUACCAUUUCCCAUUGAGUAAUAACUAUAGCGUGAAUGUAUUUAAGAGAUCCUCUGAAGUUUAUAAUUCCUAGGAGAAUUAGCAAUAACUAGAGCAGUGUAUGAGUUGCAAUUAAACUGUUUUAUUUUAUACUAAAACGAAUCAUCAAGUGUAGUUGUAACCCGUGCGACGAAAGAAAGUGUAAAAAUAAAACGAUUUAAAGUUUGCUAAAA